AUGAGCGCUUCUGAUCUUCUUGCUAUUGAAUUUGUAGUUGUUGGCGGAGGUAUUGCUGGCCUUUGCUCUGCGAUCGGGCUCAGCCGUGCUGGCCAUCGCGUAACGCUGUUGGAACAACAGGCUACCAAAGAGCAGACACCACUUUCAGGGGGAUGUCGAGUCCCUACUAACCUCACUAAGAUUUUCUUCCGAUGGGGAAUGGGAAAGCGCUUGAUGGAAGCUGGCCUCGUGGUGAGAGGAGCAGAGUUCGUGUCCUAUGAGACGGGUGGGUUCCAGGGAGGGCACGUGCUGGAAGAGGAAGUAGUGGAACAGCUUGGCGGCGAAUUCAUCUGUAUGCAUUUUGGCGAUUUGCGGAGAAUACUAUUCGAGGCUGCGGAAGAAAAUGGUGUUACCAUCAAGCUGAAUACGAAAGUGCUCUCGAUCAAUGCUCAUCCGGAGAGGCCGUCGGUAACUCUCGCGUCUGGAGAAGUUUUGGAGGCCGAUGCGAUCAUUGGAGCGGAUGGUGCCUCGGGUCUCUGCCGUUCGGUCAUCCUCGGCGAUAGAGACCACGAGGAAUAUUUGGGGAGAAUGAUGUACAACUCCGUGAUCCCAAUAUCGCAAAUGGACGAUGAAACACGAGAACUCACACGGAAGAUCCAGAUGACUGCAUGGUGGGGUACAGAUCGUGGUGCGAUGGGUUUCCCGAUCGGUCAAAAUCUUUACUCUCUUCACGUAUGGGCUCCCGGGGAGCCAAAUGCAAGUGAGAGAGUGGAAGUAGGAGUCGAAAGGCUAGAGAGUGCACUGGAGGGUUGCGUACCAGGGUUGCUCCGGCUAGCAAAGUUGGCGAUGAAGGUGGUUCGUAUACCCAUGACAGAACGACCUCACCUAGAUGAGUGGAUAGACCCGCAAGGUCGGCUGUUAGUCCUCGGUGAGGGUGCACAUCAUCUCCUCGCAGGAUCGUUAUACACGCUAGUCGUGGCAGCGUGUGACGGAAUGGCGCUGGGCCGCUUGUUUCAGCAUCUAACUCGCAGAGAUCAGAUUACGACUUUCCUCUCCGCGGUACAGGAGGUCCGUCAACAACGCCUAAAGGACGUCAUGCAGAUCGCUAGUACAAAUCCCUUUGCCCUCACAAUGCCAGAGGUGAAACCCAAGUCCAAGGAUGAGACUGAGACGGAGGAGCCCCCUGCAGACAAAUGGGUGCUACUGCAGGAGGCUUUUUUGAAUAUCCACGGCUUUGAUCCUGAAGAUGAGGUGGAAAACUGGUGGGUGAAGUGGGGUUUACCCCUGGAGCGUGCUUCCAGAGUCGUCUCGUCCGACACCGCAGUGAGUUCGUCAAGGCAGCCUUGA